AUGGUUGAACUGAAAGCAGCUUGGAAGCUCACUGGGGUUAUUUUGCGCACUGUUUUAUCGAUUUGUAGCGUUGCGUUUGUAUUUUACUCGUACGGUGUUCGGUCGAAAUGUACAUAAAGUCUAUUGUACUAGAGGGCUUCAAGUCCUACGCAGAGAGGACGGAGAUUAACGGCUUUGAUCAGUAUUUUAACGCCAUUACUGGACUCAACGGUAGUGGAAAGUCAAAUAUACUGGAUUCCAUCUGCUUUCUGUUGGGGAUAUCUAACCUUUCACAGGUUCGUGCCACCAAUCUCCAAGAUCUGGUGUACAAAAAUGGACUGGCUGGCAUCACCAAGGCUACAGUGUCCAUCACUUUCGACAACUCCAACAAGAAACAAAGUCCUCUGGGGUUUGAGACGCAUGAUGAGAUAACCAUUACAAGACAGGUGGUCAUAGGUGGACGCAAUAAAUACCUCAUAAAUGGUGUAAACGCAAACAACCUGCGAGUCCAGGAUCUGUUUUGCUCAGUUGGAUUGAAUGUCAACAACCCCCAUUUUCUGAUCAUGCAGGGAAGAAUCACCAAGGUCUUAAACAUGAAGCCUCCUGAGAUUCUGGCCAUGAUUGAAGAGGCGGCAGGUACCAGGAUGUAUGAGUGCAAGAAGAUCAGUGCUCAGAAAACCAUAGAGAAGAAAGAUGCCAAACUGAAAGAGAUUCAGACCAUCCUGGAUGAGGAGAUCACCCCUGCUAUGGAGAAACUGAAAGAGGAGCGUUCGUCCUACUUGGAGUACCAGAAGCUGAUGCGUGAGAUCGAACACUUGAGUCGUCUGUAUGUGGCGUACCUGUUUGUGUGCGCUGAAGAGACCAAGCUUAAGUCCGCUGAAGACCUGCAGGAGAUGCAGAGCUCCAUCACCCAGCUGCAAGAGAACAUGAGACAGAAUGAGGCCACAGUGAAGGAGCUGAGCGCAGAGAUACAUGAGCUGGAGCGCAGGAGGGAUAAGGAGGUCGGAGGAGUUUUGAAGACUCUGGAAGAGACGGUGUCUGAAGCCCAGAGAGUAGACACAAAGGCCCAGAGCACUCUUGAUCUGAAGAAACAAAAUCUGAAAGACGAAACCAAGAAGAGAAAAGAUCUGAUCAAAAACAUGGAGGAGGAUAAGAUAAUGAUGUCGGCCAAGGAAGCCGAGGUUGCUAAGGUGGUGGAGCAGCUGAAGGUGGUUCAGGAGGAGGGGCAGAAAGAUGCAGAAGCAUUGGAGGUGGCCCAACAGCAUUUUAAGGCGGUGUCAGCUGGCCUUUCAGCCAAUGAGGAUGGAGUCGAGGCCACGCUUAAUGAGCAGAUGAUGACCUGCAAGAAUGACAUGAGCAAAGCUGAAACUGAGGCCAAACAGGCUCAAAUGAAACUGAAACAUGCUCAGCAAGAGCUGAAGACUAAGCAGGCUCAGGUCAAGAAGAUGGACGGUGGUUACAAAAAGGACCAGGACACAUUUGGGGGCGUGAAAAAGAACAUUGACAAGCUACAGGCUGAAAUGAAGAAACUUAACUAUGAAGAUGGGCGAGAGGAGGGUCUACUGGAGCGGAAGAGGCAGUUUUCUCGUGAUGUCGCUCGGCUCAGAGAAUCAUACGAGUCCCUCAUGGGCCAGUUCCCCAACCUGCGCUUUGAAUAUAAGGACCCAGAGAGGGGCUGGGACAGCAGUAAGGUGAAGGGUUUGGUGGCGAAUCUCUUCAGCGUGACUGACGUGUCAAACGCUACAGCUCUGGAGGUGGUAGCUGGUGGUCGACUCUAUAACGUUGUGGUUGACAACGAGGUUACUGGAAAGAAGCUUCUGGAAAAGGGUGAACUGAAACGCAGAUACACCAUCAUUCCUCUGAACAAGAUCUCAGCCCGUACCCUCAAUGACAACGUAGUGCGCACUGCUAAAAACCUGGUUGGAGCAGAUAACGUACACACAGCUCUGUCAUUGGUAGGUUAUGAGUCAGAGCUGAGGAAGGCCAUGGAGUAUGUGUUUGGCACUACGCUGGUGUGUGACAGUUUGGACAAUGCUAAAAGAGUUGCCUUUGAAAAAGGUGUGAGCACAAAGACAGUCACGCUUGGAGGAGACGUGUUCGACCCGCAGGGAACGCUGACUGGAGGUGCACGUGCUCAGACAGCCUCGGUCCUGUCAAAGCUGGCCGAGGUGAAGGACGUUCAGGACAGUCUGAGAGCUAAAGAGUCUGAACUCACCGCUGUGGAGUCUGAGCUCAGUGGCCUCAAGGGAACAGCUGAGAAGUACCGUCAGCUGAAGCAGCAGCUGGACCUGAAGAACGAGGAGGCUCGGAUCCUGGAGACCAAACUUCAGCAGAGCUCCUUCCACAAACAGCAGGAGGAACUGGAGAACCUGCGCAAGACCAUUGAGGAAUCGGAGGAAACGCUAGUGAAGACAAAGGAGGUUCAGAGUAAGGCAGAAGAGAAGUACAAAGUUCUGGAGAACAAGAUGAAGAACGCAGAAGCUGAGCGAGAGAAAGAACUGAAGGCAGCGCAGCAGAAACUCAACCAGGCCAAGAGCAAAGCGGACGCCUUCAACAAGAGACUGAAAGAGAAACAGCAGGAGGCAGAUGCAGUAGCCCUGGAGUUGGAGGAGCUUAAGAGAGAACAGGCUGGAUAUGAGCAGCAGAUUCAGGCUAUCGAUGAGGCCAUCAAAGCCGUACAGGAGCAGAUCGACACCAUGACAACACAUGUUUCGGCCAAUAAGGAGGCAGUGCGUGUCGCGCAGGAGCAGUUGUCCAUGCGGAAGGAGGUGAUUCUGGGACAGGAGAGAGAGAUCAAAGGAAAAACUGGAGAAGCCAACCGCCUCCGAGAACAAAACAACGACGCCCAGCUCAAAAUCAAAGAGCUGGAGCACAACAUAAGCAAACACAAGAAAGACAGCGCUGAUGCCACAGCCAAAGUUGCCCGCAUGUUAGCUGAGAACGACUGGAUCUCCUCUGAGAAGCAUCUCUUCGGUCAACCCAACACUGCCUAUGAUUUCAAGACCAACAGUCCUAAAGAAGCCGGACAGAGACUAAAGAGACUCGAGGAGACUAAAGACAAGCUGGAGAGAAACGUCAACCGCAGGGCAAUGAACAUGCUCAGUGAGGCUGAAGAGAGGUACAAUGAUCUUAGAAAAAAGAAGCGGAUUGUUGAGAACGAUAAAGCCAAAAUUCUGGAAACAAUUGAAGAGCUGGACCAGAAAAAGAACGAGGCGCUCAAUGUGGCGUGGCAAAAGGUAAACAAGGAUUUUGGCUCCAUAUUCUCCACCCUCCUGCCCGGCGCAAAUGCCCGUUUGGCUCCGCCCGAGGGGUGUGGCGUCCUGGAUGGAUUGGAGUUUAAGGUGGCUCUAGGGAACACCUGGAAAGAGAACCUGACAGAGCUCAGCGGGGGGCAAAGGUCUCUGGUGGCUCUCUCUCUCAUUUUGGCCAUGCUGCUUUUCAAACCAGCUCCCAUUUAUAUCCUGGAUGAAGUGGAUGCUGCUCUCGAUCUCUCGCACACGCAAAACAUUGGACAGAUGCUGCGCACACACUUUACACAUUCACAGUUCGUGGUGGUGUCUUUAAAAGACGGAAUGUUCACCAACGCAAACGUGCUCUUCAAGACCAAGUUCGUUGAUGGCAUCUCUGCGGUAACGCGCACGGCUCAGACGCACGAGGGGAAAGUUUUGGCACAGCGCAACCAGCAGAAAGCCAAGGACAAACGCCAGCGUCAAAUAAUCACCAGCUAAACGCUUUCUGAAUUACUCAUGCAAAUACAUUACACACUGAAGCUAUAUUUACUUCCAGUAAUCACUUAGAGGUGUACGCUCAAAUGAAAUGGCAUAUUUAAAAUGCUCAGUGCCGAAGCGUUUCAAACAUACACUCAGCUAAUGCAUAUCAGACAGGUCUGUAAAUUUUUUUUACACGUACAGCCUUUCUGUGCUUUUACUUCGUAGUUGCCAUGUGACUUUAGUGUAUUUUCUCUCUGUACAGUGCUUUUCAUUAUAUUUGUUUGUAGUAUGUAUCUAGGAGUCUUUGCUCUUUUUUAGUAAUAAAGUAUGGUAGUGACUUAAGAAAUUACCAUCAUGCCCAAAUGCACAUAUGGCAUUUUAAAACAUUUGAAGAGAAAUUGUGAUGAAAGCGUUUAGACAUUUUGCCAAUAAAUGUAAUUGGAUGGUUUACUUGUAUAUGACACGGUAUAAAGGACUGAAUUUCAUUCAUGACU